AAAAAAGUAAAAAUAAAAAAAAUAAAAAGUCAUAACAAAAACACGUGAGAAACUGAGAACAAGUUGUAUAGAAUUUUUAUUUUAUUUUACGGAUAUUAGUGAGCUUUAUUAAAAUAGUGAUUGUUACAAUAAACAGACAUAUCGCGGGUUAUAAUGGGUCGAAAAAGAUACAACGCUAAAGCCCGUCAAGUAGUCAAAACCAGCAUCGACGACUCCCAGACGAAUGAGAUAAAACUUGAUAUUGCAACCAAUGAGUAUGCCUCUGCAGAUACUAGCAAUUUGUUGGCAUUGCCCUCAAAGAAAAGGCAAACAAAAGUGGUCACAGAUAAGAAAGAAAAGACAAGAUUUCUCUCGAAAGCUCAGCGUAAAAGGUUGGAGAAGAUUGUGGACAAGAAGAAAAAAAAAGAAAAUAGGUCAGCACUCCUUGAAUCUCUAGCUCUAGUACAAGCAACACCAGAGGAAGUGAAACAAUUGACAACAAUAUCUUCAGUACAAACACUUGGGCUGCGCAAGUUGAAUGAAUAUAACUUAGAGGAAAAUGUACAAAAAGCGCAAUCAGAGUCGACUGAACAGAAAAAAUUUAGUAGCAUUGCAGGUGCUAAAAAGCGAUUAAGGUUGCUGAGAAUGGAAAACUUAGGUAGUAGUAAAAAGAAAAAGUAUGACCCUAACAUAAUAGAUCUUAAUGAAUCCUCUGAUGAUGAAAGUAGUUCAGGGUCUGAUGAUGAUGAACCAGAAAUCAUUGAAAAUGACAAUAAAAGUGAUGACAAAGAUGAAAACGAAAGCUUAGAUCAUAAUAAUAAAGUUGAGCAAAAUGGACUAGAGCCAGUUAAGGAAGAAUCUUCAAAUACCCAAAAAAAUAUAAAUCAACCAGAAAAACAGAUUAAUAAAAAGAAAGUAGAAAUACUUGAACAAAAUGUAACAGAAACCAAAAAACCUGUACUAGAACAUACUACAGUACAUGUUGAAGUUAAAAGGGACCCUAAAGUGCAGGUGGCAAGGUUGAAAUUGCCAAUUCUGGGCGAGGAACAGAGGAUAAUGGAGCUUGUUAAUGAGAACGAAUUUGUUAUUGUAGCUGGUGAAACUGGUAGUGGUAAAACAACGCAGUUACCCCAAUUCCUUUACGAAGCGGGCUACGCAGAGUCUAAAAUGAUCGGAGUGACGGAACCACGGCGGGUCGCGACCGUAGCUAUGUCGGGCAGAGUCGCUUAUGAGCUAGGGUUGACGAGCAAGCAAGUGUCGUAUCUGAUGCGAUUCGAGGGCAACGUAUGUAAGGAUACGAAGAUCAAGUUUAUGACUGAUGGUGUUCUCCUUAAAGAAGUUCAAUCUGACUUUCUUCUAAGCAAGUAUUCAGUAAUAAUCAUAGACGAGGCGCACGAAAGGAGUGUCUAUACAGAUAUUCUAUUGGGACUGCUGUCACGUAUUGUACCGUUGAGACGUAAAAGAGGCAGUCCAUUGAGGUUGAUCAUAAUGUCUGCUACAUUGAGAGUUGAGGACUUUACAGAAAAUACUAGAUUGUUUAAAGAACCACCGCCAGUUAUUAAGGUAGAAUCCAGGCAGUUCCCAGUGACGACUCAUUUCAAUAAGAACACAUACAGUGAUUAUUUGAAAGAGGCUUACAAGAAAACAGUAAAAAUACACACAAGGUUGCCCGAAGGAGGUAUCCUGAUUUUUGUUACUGGACAACAAGAGGUAAACUACUUGGUACGUAAAUUAAAAGCGUCAUUCCCGUAUCGUAAAGACGUGGACUAUUCAAAACUCAUCAACAAGAAGACAACUAAUGAAGUGGACACUGCAUUAGAUUCUGAGCCUGAAGACAUUGAAUCUGAUGACGAUGAGGUAGAAAAGGAAAUGAAACGGAUACGCAAAGCACGAAGAAAAUCUAAGAAAAAAGGCAAAACGUUACCAAAAAUCAACUUGGACGAUUAUGAUAUGCCUGAAGACGACGGACAGGCAGACUUAGUGAGUGACGGAGACAGCGAGGGACACUUGAGUGAUUCAGAUGCCGAAGAGGACAGCCUUACGCCUGUGAUCAAGUCCUGUAGACAACCUCUGUGGGUUUUGCCCCUUUACUCCAUGCUGGGUUCGGCUAAACAAUCGCGUGUGUUCGAACCCCCGCCUGUCGGAGCGAGGCUGUGUGUUGUCAGCACUGAUGUGGCGGAGACAUCGCUCACUAUACCCGGCGUGAAGUACGUGGUGGACACUGGCAAGAAGAAGAUGCGGGUAUACGACCACACAACGGGCGCAAGUGCCUGGCGUAUCGUAUGGACGUCGCAAGCGAGCGCGGAGCAGAGGGCGGGCAGAGCGGGACGUACGUCCGCCGGCCACGCCUACAGGCUGUACAGUAGUGCUGUGUUCCAACACGACUGUGUGCCACAUUACGAGCCUGAUCUGUGUAGGCGGCCUGUGGACGACCUGGUGCUGAUGAUGAAGUGCAUGGGCAUUGAUAAGGUAGUAAACUUCCCGUAUCCCACUGCACCUGACAGACUGCAACUGCGUCUAGCUGAAAAACGCUUAGAAGUAUUGGGUAUUCUGGAGAAGCCUGAAUUUAGGAACAAUAGGAGAAAAGAUGAUGAGGAGGUACUGAAAGUAACACAGCUCGGUAAAGCGGUGUCAGCUUUUCCUUUACUCCCGCGAUACGGCAAGAUGUUGGCCCUCAGUCAUCAAUUCAACCUGCUGCCGUACACCAUUGCUUUGGUAUCCGCUCUCACGGUACAAGAGGUAAUGUCUGGUAAAGCGGAUAACUGGCCUGCAACGGGUAACACCUUAUUAUUGGGUGAUCCAGGGGUAUUGCUGAGAGCGGUCGGCGCGGCCGAAUACUCCUUUGUGAAGGGGGAAGAGGAAUUGUUCUGCGCCAAAUAUGGCUUGAGAGAAAAGGCUAUAAAAGAAAUACGUAAGCUGCGCAAACAACUGACAUCAGAAAUCAAUCUCAGCGUGUCAGGGAUAGACAUGACCAUAGACCCCGAAAUGAAACCCCCAGACGACAAGCAGGCGAGGUUGCUGAGACAGCUACUACUUAGUGGCUUGGGAGACCAAGUAGGCAGGAAAAUUGGACUUGAAGAAGUCAAAGAAGGCGAAGAUAAGCGCAAAUUCAAAUACGCGUACCACUGCGCGAAUUUAGAAGAACCAGUAUUCCUGCACUCUGGGUCAAUCCUUCGUAAGGUGAUACCGGAGUGGGUGAUCUACCAGGAACUGUACGAGACAGGCGGCGAGGACAGAAAGAAGAUGGUUAUGAGGAAUGUCGCAGCCAUUGAACCAGAAUGGCUGCCUGUAUACGUACCUCAGCUAUGUAACUUAGGUGAACCUCUAUCAGAUCCUGAGCCUAGGUACGACGCAAAGUCAGGUCGUGUGAAGUGUCAUUUCAAAGGAACAUUCGGAAAGAGUUCGUGGGAACUGCCUACAGUUGAGAUCGACUUUCCCGAUAAAAUAGAACGAUACAAAUGGUUUGCAAGAUUCCUACUGGAAGGCACAGUGUUUCCGAAACUCAAGAAAUACUCAGGCUCAUUACUGUCCCCGCCGUCAACGAUGGUCAAAAGUUGGGCAAAACUUCAGCCAAGGACAGAAAUUUUGUUGAAAACUUUAAUAUCAAGACGAGUUGGUACUAGAGAUCAGUUGGCAAACGCGUGGACAGAACAAAAUACCUAUUUGCUGGAUGAAUACCUGAAAUGGGUACCCGAGUCGGCACAUAAUGAAGUCACGUUGUAUUGGCCACCAUUAUAAAUAGUAUAUAAGCAUUUGUUAUGUAAAUAAUUGUAAAUUGUUUUGUAAAUAAAGAUAUUAUUUUAAAAAC